UCGUAGUCUUUUGACGUAAAUGUAAACUCCGCCCGCGCGGGCUGCUAUGUGGUAAGAACUUGUUGAACUAAACAUUUCCCGCGCGAUGUUGCAUUGUUCCGACUAGGUCAGUAACGCAAGAACAACAUCGUGUUAAGAUGGCAGGAAUACUGGAUGUCCCAAAACCCAGAAUAAACUGUUCUAUGCUGUCGCAGCACAUCAACAGGGCGGUCUGCUUCGUUGGACGUGUCGAAAAGGUUCACCCAACUGGAAAAACGUUCAGUGUCUCGGAUGGAGAAGGAAAUAAUGCAACAGUUGAGCUGAACGAACCUCUCGAAGAAGAGCUGAGCGGUAUUGUGGAAGUCAUCGGUAUGGUGUCCAACAAAGGAGCAAUAAUGGCCACCACAUACGAUGUGCUACGAGAGGACAAGGGCACUCCUUUUGAUUUAGAGCUGUAUAAUGAAGCUGUGAAGCUCAUCCAUGAUUUCCCUCAGCACUACCCUUUUGAAGUUGCUGCAAGUGGAUAAGGAUCACAGAAGAAGAUUGUGUUCAUUAUUUGGUUUCUGCCUGAGUAUUUUAUUCUGAGUAAAAAUUUCUUUGCAUAGAUGUUUUGCAAUAAAAUAUAAGCAUAUAAAUAUAAA